AUGGGGAAAGAAAGCGUUGUAGAACCUAUGGAGGGCGAAGGGGCUGUCUCUACAAAACCAAAAGAGGCUUCUCAAGAUGGACUAAAGAACUACUUCCGUGUCUUUAGUUACGGCACGCGUCUAGAUUAUUUACUCAUCUUGAUUUGUUUUGUUACGUCAAUUGGCUCGGGCAUCGCUUUCCCCCUGAUGACUGUAGUCUUCGGCCAACUCGUGGGAAAGUUUACCGAUUACUUCACGCCAGGAACAAGCGUCACAGCCUCCGAGUUCCAGGAUGAAGUCGAUGACUUGACAUUGUACCUGUUGUACCUCUUCAUUGGCAAGUUUGUUUUGUCCUAUGUAUCCAUGCUCACGAUCCGGGUCAGUGGCCUCCGAAUCUCGGCUGCGCUACGCCUGGCAUACAUACGAGCUUUGUUCCUACAGCCUGUUAGUGUAAUUGACACUGUCAGCCCCGGAAAAGUGUCCACGCGAAUUACAACCUCUGCAAACACGGUCCAAGUCGCCAUAUCACAACAGCUUGCUAUGAUGUUCCAGGCAUUUGCCUUUGUGAUCGGGGCAUACGUUGUAGCGUUCAUCCAGAGCCCAUUGCUCACCUUGGUCGCAUCAGCCUCAUUGCCGUUCAUCCUGAUACUCAUGGGUAUCAUCAUCCCUCCAUUUACGCGCAUAUACAAAAUCACCGAAAAGUACAGCGAGGAUGCGUCUGCUACGGCUUUUGAAAUAUUUUCUUCCCUUCGCGUUGUUGUCGCUUUUGGGGCAGAAGCGAAGCUGGCACGACAGCACGAAGAGUUACUGAUCAAAAGCGCGAAGAACUUCAAGAAAGCUGCUCCUCUCUCGGGACUCUUUUUCGCGCCUAUGAUGGUAGGACAAUAUGGAACGAUGGGUAUCGCCUUCUGGUUUGGUAUCAAGCAGUAUUCUGAGGGGAAGAACGAUGACGUUGGUACCAUUGUUAUCGUCCUGUUCGCAGUCAUGAUGGCAGUCGUGAAUUUCGGCAGAGUCGUUACCCCGAUCGUUGCUAUCGUCAAGGCAUCAACAGCCGCUGCAGAGCUAUUUAGGACGAUCGAUGCGCCGGUCCCAGAUGUCUCAGGAUUGAAAGAGCCCAAUGUCACUGCCAAAGCCAAUAUUACGUUCGAGGAUGUCGCCUUCUCCUACCCAAGUAGGCCAAAUGUUCCAAUUCUCCAAGGACUAGAUCUUGAAUUUGAAGCUGGCAAGGUUACAGCUAUCGUUGGUCCAUCGGGAAGUGGAAAGUCUACUAUUGUCGGUCUAGUGCAGAGAUGGUACGAUCUCCUUGGAACAACAGCCUCAUCCACGCCGAACGAUCUCCCUGUUAACUCCUCUUCUGCCACCUCAACAACUCACACUGAACCCAAACAAGACGAGACUCCGAAGAAGUCUGGAUGGUUCAAGAAACGCGCCGUUGAUAAAGACAAAGGUCAAGAGAAACAAGAAAAAGGGGUGAAGGAUGAUAAAGUUAAGGAAGUCGAGCGCGAUCUCGGCCCCAACACCUGCACUGGGACUAUAAAAGUUGGAGGGACUGAUAUCAGAAAGAUUGAUGCCAAGUGGUGGCGCUCUCAGAUUGGCAUCGUCCAACAAGAGCCAUUCCUCUUCAACGACACCAUCUACAAUAAUGUCGCAUUUGGUCUUACCGGAACAAGAUAUCAAGAAAUACCGAAAGAAGAGAAGAUGGUUAUGGUGGAAGAAGCAUGUCGCGAAGCCUACGCAGACGAGUUCAUCGCUAAGCUUCCUGAGGGCUAUGAAACUCUGGUAGGUGAGAGCGGUAUCAAAUUGUCAGGCGGCCAACGUCAGCGGAUUGGAAUCGCAAGAAGUAUUAUCAAGCAGCCACCUAUCUUGAUCAUGGACGAAGCAACCAGUGCGAUUGACGUACGAACAGAACGCAUCGUACAACAAGCGCUCGAUCGCGUGUCGAAGAACCGAACCACCAUUGUAAUUGCUCAUCGUCUGUCUACAAUCAAGCGGGCGGACAAGAUUGUUGUCCUACGCAAAGGCCAAUUGGUAGAGCAAGGCACUCAUGAUGAACUAUUGAAGAUCGAGUCAGGAGUCUACUUUGGCCUAGUUCACGCACAGAACAUUGCCAUGGAAGCCGAGAAUGAAGACGCCGGCCUGGAGAGAAUCAAUACUACUACCAGUGAAGUCGUCGAAGAGAAAGCAAAGAACAACAACAUUUCCGGAGAAACGAACCCGGAAUAUAAAGAGAAAGGCUUGAUAGCCAGUUUCGGACGUCUACUGUUCGAACAACGUCACCACUGGGUUCUGUUCAGUCUCGCCGUUUUCGGUAUUCUAGCCAGUGGUGCCGUCUGGCCACUCCAAGCCUGGGUCUUUUCCCAGGUCAUCAACGUCUUUACGCUUCCAAGAGACCAACUUGUCAGCAAGGGCAAUUUCUGGGCCGGCAUGUUCGGAGUGCUUGCCGGAGGCACAUUCCUGUCAUACUUUGUCAUGGGAUUCGCAUUUCAUCUCAUAGCCACACAAGUCUCAUUGCAGUACAGGCAAGAAUAUUUGUACAACUUGAUUCACAAGAGGAUCUCUUUCUUCGAUGAAGAAGGGCAUAGCCCAGGAUCUCUGACGUCUAGGGUGAGUUCGGACACUACACAGCUUCAGCAGCUAAUGGCAACGGAAAUGGGCAUGGCGCUCAUUGCUAUCGUCAACGUUGUCGGGUGUGUCAUCAUCUCCUUUGUCUACGGGUGGAAGCUAUCUCUCGUUGGUCUCUUCGCUGCUUUGCCACUAAUUCUAGCCGCGGGAUAUCUCCGCAUGCGUCUGGAGCUUGAAUUCGAAAAGAGCAACGCCAAGAUCUUCGAGGACAGCAGUCAGUUCGCUGCUGAAGCCGUUGGAGCCUUCCGUACUGUGCUCAGUCUCAUCAUGGAAGACAUGAUUGGCGACCGGUACGAGACUUUGCUGAGUACUCACAUCAGCAAAGCCUUUUCACGCGCAAAAUGGGGCACGCUCGUCUUCGCAGGGAGCGACAGUAUCGAACUGGCUUGUAUGGCGCUCACGUUCUGGUAUGGCGGCACACUACUAGCCUCUCGUGAGUACAACAACGUCGACUUCUUCGUCAUCUAUCAAGCCAUCAUCUCUGGUGCUGUCGCAGCAGGCAUGUUCUUUUCCUUCGCCCCAAACAUGGCCCAGGUAACCGGUGCUGCCAACCGCAUCCUCAGCAUACGUCCACCCCCAACCAGCGGUUCCACUUCCUACCCGCCUCUCAACACAUCCGAGAAAGGCAUCGGCAUAGAAUUCCAAAACGUCUUCUUCACCUAUCCAUCCCGAGAGCUCCCCGUACUCUCAAACCUCAACAUCCAAGUCCAACCCGGCCAAUUCGCCGCUCUCGUCGGCGCAAGUGGCUGCGGCAAAUCCACCACAAUAUCCCUCCUCGAACGCUUCUACGACGCCUCUUCCGGCCGCAUCCUCUGCAACGGACAAGACAUCACGACACUCGACCCGUCAGAGUACCGCAAGCAAAUCAGUCUUGUAGCCCAAGAACCCACACUGUACGAAGGCACAAUUCGAGAAAACGUUGCGCUAUCCGUGGACUCGGCAUCGGAUACGGAAAUCGAGCAGGCAUGCCGCGACGCCCAGAUCCACGACUUUAUUACCUCCCUGCCAGACGGCUACGCGCAGCGCCUAGGUCCAAAGGGCAUGUCGCUUUCCGGUGGCCAGAAACAGCGGUUAUCACUCGCCCGUGCGUUGCUUCGGCAGCCGAAACUCCUUCUCCUCGAUGAAGCAACGUCGUCUCUCGAUUCAGAGUCUGAAAAGCUGGUUCAAGAAGCGAUUGAGCGGGCGGCGAAAGAUGGUCGCCGCACUAUUCUCUCUGUUGCGCAUCGGCUUGCGACGAUUCAGAAGGCGGAUGUUAUUUUUGUGCUGGGGAGUGGGAAGGUGUUGGAGAAGGGGGAUCAUCAGGCUCUGCUGAAGAAGAGGGGGGUUUAUUGGCAGAUGUGUCAAGCCCAGGCUUUGGAUGCGUAG